AUGCCCUACGAAGUCCACCCCUGCCAUCCUACCGACGCCCCCUCCAUCAGCCAAUGCAUGGUGCUCGCCCGCCUCACAGACCCCCACUGGGCCUUCCUCUUCACCGACCCAUCCGCCGCGCCCAUCCUCGCCAACAACACCCGCCGCUUCCCCCACAACCUCACCUCUAACCGGCCCGCCCGCCGCCACGAGAAGAUCCUCGACACUACCAGCGACCAGGCGAUCGCCUAUGCACGCUGGACGCUGCCGCCUUCUCUGGUUGCAAAGGGGGACGUGUGGCUUUCUGCGCAGGUGGCCGAGCCCACAUCCGAUGAAAAGGAGAGGUUUAAGAGGGAUUUUGAUGGGGCGAGUGAUUCUGCGGGGAGAAUGCCCGGGAUGAAGGGGGGUGGGCUGUCGGAGUUUCGGAGUGGGCCGUUGGAGAGGGCGGAGGAGGGCGUUUUGGGGGGGUUGAAGAAGGGGGAGGAGGUUUUGACACUCGAAUACCUCACCACUCACCCCGAUUUCUGGCGUCGUGGGGCCGGGAGUAUGCUUGUCCGCAACGGCACGGAUAUUGCCGAUCAAUAUGGCCUCAAGACAUAUGUCAUGUCCGAGCCGGCGGGUCUGAAGGUCUACUUGAAUCAUGGGUUUAAGGUGGUUGAUACUGUGGAGGUGGACUAUUCGGCCUUCGGGGGAGAGGAAGUGCAGGUACAUUACUUUUUGCUGAGGGAGCCGGUGGCGGCAUCUUAG